AUGUUAUUUCCUGUGCUCAUUUCUGAUAGCAAUAGGAACGAAGGCUUACAGAAAAAGUUCCCUACAGAAGUCCAACUGCAUCUGGCAGCUCAAGAUGCACCUCAACAAAGUGCUUCUCUUCGCCUUCUUCUUCGUCAUCCCUCUCUCCGACCAAUGUCAUCCGCCACGAGUGACAAAUCACAUCACAUCAAAGUCGGAGACCACGUUGACUUUCUGAAAGGAGAUUUGAUCUCGACAAAAUGGUGUUAUAAAAUUCCAAGAUUCUGCUCGGAAUCAAAUGGAACGUGUUCACCGAAUUCGGAUGACGACAUUGGAGACUACAUCCUUAAUUACCGACCAAGGCCGUAUAAUACCUCUUCAGGUAUUAUGCUCCACGUGGUGGCAAGACCGAAGCUUCAACACACCUAUGAUGACCACGAAGUCGAGCUCCCAACGAAGAUAGAAACUACCUCCACUGGUCCAUCUACUUGGCUCCCGAUAGUCUUUCCCCCCACCCAAACGAGAAAUGGCGCUGCUUCUCCAAAAAAGGAAAUUUCGGAUUCUUCAGCAGAUGAAGUCGGCUUCCAAGCUGAGGAGGAUACAACCAGCACACGACCAUCAAUGAAAUUGCUCCCAAUUGUCUUUCCGCCGAAAGCUGUGAAGCCAGAAGAAGUUACUGUCACUGCGGAAGUGGAACAGAGAGUCCAGAAAGCAGACGAAAUCUGGAAUAUCCUCACGAUCGGAGCCAUCGUCGUUGCCGCAUUCAUGCUCAUCAUUCUCAUCGGAGCGUUUUACUGCCGUCAUUGA